AUGAUGCUUAUACUUAUACAGUAUGACAUUGAAGUUGUAUAUAAGAAGGGCAAGGGCAUGUACAUAGCUGAUACUUUAUCUCGUGCAUACUUGCCAGAUUAUACUGAACACAAGGAUAGUUUUGCUAAGAUUCAUGCUGUUGGUCACCUAAGAAUUAGAGAAGAAAGGAUUAGACAGCUAAAGAAAGCCACUGAAAUGAAUGAUACUCUGCAAACUCUGAAAUCAGUCAUUCUUAAAGGAUGGCCAGACUCGAGACAGGAACUGCCUACUCAGGUUACACCAUACUUUUCAUAUAGAGAUGAACUGACCUUACAUGAUGGAUUGAUCUUUAAGGGAGAACGAGUCAUCGUUCCUGAGAGCAUGCGUAAGGAGAUCAAAGACCAUCUUCACAUAUCACAUCUUGGAGGUGAGAGUAUGUUAAGACGUGCACGUGAAUGCAUAUUUUGGUCUGGUAUGUCUGCAGAAAUCAAACAGCUAGCAAGUGUUUGUGAUGCCUGUCAAACAUUUGCUAAAGCUCAACAGAAAGAAACACUCAUAACUAUAGAAGCUAAAGCACCAUGGGGAAUUGUUGGUGUUGAUUUAUUCUCAUGGAACAACAAAGACUACCUACUGGCAGUUGAUUAUUUUAGUGGAUACUGGGAAGUUGACCUUCUUAAGAAAUCUAACUCCCCUGCAGUGAUUAGGAAACUGAAACAACACAUCUCAAGAUUUGGUGUUCCUGUACAACUAGUCAGUGAUGGAGGGCCUCAGUUUGAUGCCAAAUAG